CAAUAGACCAGGGCAUUUUGAUGGGCCUUUUGAUAUUGCCGUGAGUGAAAAAACUGGAACCAUUGCUGUGGCAGACUCUGAUAAUAAAAGAAUUCAAUUGUUUAGCUCUGAUGGAAAUUAUCUGAGGGAGAUAGAAAUGAAUAGUGAGUGUUUAUCAGUAGCAUUUACCAAGUCUGGUGACAUCAUUGCCGUUGUCCCUGAGGAUGAUGAUAUGAUUUCUCUAUUCACUGAAAGUGGUCUGUUUAUCAAAUACAUCAACGAUGAACACCUAGAGUUACCAGCUCACGUGUCUGUUGGAUUUGAUGGCCGCAUAAUCGCAUGUGACUGGGAGAGCAAUGAAAUCAGGGUCAUCUCCCCUGACGGGAUGCAGUUGUUACAAUCCUUUCGUGCCUCAGACUGUGACCAGUCCCUGUUUUGUGUUGUUUAUCACGAGGACAGAUUCUUCGUCUCUGAUGCUGAAGCCAAUACUAUUAAAGUGUUCAGCGAGGAGGGCAAGUUUCUUUACAAUAUUGGCAGUCAGGGGUCUGGUGACGGACAAGUAAAUGGUCCUGUUGGACUUGCAAUUGACAAGUUUAAUAAUCUAAUCGUUUGCGAAGUCGGGAACAGCAGACUGCAAAUUUUCAGAUUGGACGGAACGUUUGUCACUAAGAUAGAAGAACAUUUCUAUAAGGAUGACACGGCUCCUAAGUAUGUCGCCGUGUCAAAUGAUGGACAUGUUUUUGUUGCUGAUACCUCGAAACACUGUGUUUAUGUGUUUCAGUAG